GGGCCGCGCCGGGCAGCGCUUCUCUCCGGGGCCCGAGGCGGCUCUGGCUCGGGGCGCCGUCCGCUGUCUCCACGGGGACCUCUGUGCACGGAUGGACCCGCCCGGACCCGGCGGGAGGCGGCCCGGCGGGCGGCGGCCCCAGUGGCGUCAUCAGAGGCAGGCCAGGGCCGAGGCCGCGGGCCCCUGAGGCGCGCGGGCUCCCCGGGCCCGGCGGCAGCGGCAGCAUGAUGCCGGGCGAGACGCACUCGGCGGCGCCCGGGACGGCGGCCGACCUCCCGCGCUGUCAGGGCUGCGCCUCCCUGCAGCAGAAUUUAAAUGAAUAUGUUGAAGCAUUAAUUACCCUGAAGCAAAAAAUUAUUAACACAGAUAAUUUGUUAACAGAAUAUCAGAAGAAAUGUGAUGAGCUGCAGUUUGCAAGAAGAGAGAAUAUUACUCUGCAUCACCAAGUGGAGCAGAUGCUUCAAAAGAUUUCUCCUCUGCAGAAAUGUCAGGAGGAACUGGGCUCUUUAAAAGCAGAGUUAGAAGAGAAAAAGAGUUCUCUAAAGUUGUAUCAGGAUACUCACCAGGAAUAUGCUCGUGUGAAGGAAGAGUGCUUGAAAACUGAUGCUCAGAAGAAGAAACUAGAAGCCAAGGUGAAGAAGUUGGAAGAGGCUGCUGUCAAGCAAACUCAGGACUUCAAGCAACUGAGGAAUGAAAAGAAAAUACUUGAAAAGGAAUUUAAGAAGACACAGGAAAAGCUUGAUGAAUUUUUUAAACAGAAAAAUGAAAAGGAUUUGAGAAAUAUUGGAACACAAAUUUCAAGUGAUUCUCAUGGCAGCAUUGAUAAAAGAAAGGUAAAACUACUUCUGAAGGAACUCUGGCUCUGUAUAAACACAACACACAGACUACCUGGUGAAGGCAGCAGAUGUGUCCCAGAAAAGCCGGCCAAAGAAAACCCCAGACCCACAGAGUGCGGGGAGGACGGCCUGCCCGCUCCAGCAGGGGGCAGCCCUCCCGGAGCCUCGGCCGUGCAGGCGUGCCUGGCAGAGCUGUCCAUGGAGAUAGAGGGCGACUUGCCUGCGUGUGGCAACGUGGGCAGGGCGAGGCCAGGGGGCGCGGCUCGCCGUGCCAGCGGAGAGGACGGGCGUCCUGAGGCUGCAGCGCAGAGGCGUGAGGACGGACGUCCUGAGGCUGCAGCGCAGAGGCGCGAGGACGGGCGUCCUGAGGCUGCAGCGCAGAGGCGCAAGGACGGCGCUGCUGACUCUGCUGAUCACGGCCCUUGUUUGGAUGAAGAUCUUCAGGCCGCCGUCGACUUCUUCAGGCUUCCCCCUCCUCUUCUGUCCCCGGUGCCCUCACCUCCCCUGCUGUCGUCCCCACCCCUGGCUGCGCUGUCGCCCUCGCUCGCACCCGAAACCUACUUUGGAGAGUGUACAGAUUCCAGUGACAGUGACUCAGCCCGACAUAGAAGCACUGAGCUUGUUUCAGAAGAUGAUACACCUGAGUUGCGGGAUCCUUUUAGCUCAUCUGGGAAAAGUAAAGGAACUGGAACAUGGGAGGAAAAGCUCCAACCACGCGAAGCCACCCAAGCUCUAAAUACAAUGGAAGGCAGUAAGGUGACAACAGUUGGGUUUGGGACAUUUACAGCAAACCUGAGAGAACCUGCAGCCAUAUUCUCCUUCGCUCGUGAGAAGCACUGGACAGUGUCACCUGAGUUCAUGGGUGAGAGAGAAGAUGUCUUGGAUGAGCCGGGAAGACAGAGACAGGUCAGGGAGCUGGACGGGUCGGUGCACGCGGAGAGGACACAUCCUAAACCCAUGGGCAGCGAGCGUGUUGAGCUGUCGGGCAGCCUGGCUGGAGAGGAGGGUGCGGCUCUCGGGACGUCAGACUCGCAUCACCGUCCCCUGGGCCCGCGGCCACUGAGUGAGCCUAGUGCCCCUGAAGGAAAGACGCCAGCAUCCGCAGUGAUAGGAUCACCCAAGUUAGAGCCGACCAAGUGGACGCUCACUGGUGGAACCACUGCUGAAUCUGGUCGCCUGUCAGCUUCUGGUCAUUUUCAGGGACCGUCUAGAGAAUUAGAGAAGGAAAGAGAAGCGGUGCGAGGGUUCAUUUCGGGAGACCCCCCUGGCCCGGGAGCAGCAGGGGCGGCACUGGUUGCCACGGGGCUUGGCCUGGAGGAGGCGUUGUCUUCCUCCUCGGCCGCGGGAGCCUCGUGGCUCUGCGGUCAACCCCAGUCUCCCCCGGGGUUGGAGGAGGAUGGUGUGCCUGUUGCUACUGAAGCCGGCCCUCCCGAACUGCAUCGCUCAGAACGGACGCUGCGGGCUGCUGCGUUUAACAUGCUGGAGGUGCAUCCUGAGCUCCUGGAGCGCCCCACAGGGGAAGGCCAUCUGGAGAACAGCUUACGUGCUCUGAGCCCGGUGUCGGCGGUGUCCGAUUCUAACGGUUCGAGGAGCAGCGAGGUGGGAUGUACGACUCUUGUGCAGGGCGUGAGCAGUAUCUGCUCACUCCCACACUCAGUGUUCCUGGGAGCCGCACGAGGCGAGACAGGUGAAAGGCAAGGUCUGAGGGUCGAGCUCACACCGAGCCGGUCGGAUUUCACAUUUUUGGCAGGGCCUCCAUCUAGCUUGAUCAGGAGUGGCUUCGGCUUUGCUAAAAGCACUUCGUGGCACCACAGUGAUCUGUUACGUCGAGGUGGCGAAAAGAGGCUGAGGGCUCAACCCGAAGGUGGACAAGAGGCAGUGUUGUCCUCAGAAAGUAGAGGCUCAGCAUCCAAGCCUGACCCUGCCGGAGAGGAUCACCGUCCUGCGGGAUUCAGGGCCCCUGCAUCCUUGUUGCCUAACCAGGUGUCAGUUAUCACCAAGCAGGCGCGGCCUGAAACCGUGCAGAGUGCACGAUGGGAACCCUCAGGACCACUGAGGAGGGAGCCCCUCGUGGUGACAGACAUUGGUAAUGGGGCUCGUGGGAUGCCAUCUGGAGCAAGAUGUGGUGGGGAGAGCGUGCACACGGCACAGAGGAGCAGGGAGGCGGCCGCUGCAGAGGGCACUGCCCCGGGAGUGUCCUCCUUGUGGAGAAAAUCAGAUCGUGACCCUCCCGGGGGUUCUUCACCAGUGGAAAAUUCCCAUUGUUCCACAGGUAGUAAAUUAUCUUUCUCUUCUGAACAUAUCCCGGUCCCAUACCAAGAUGUCGUGAGAGAAGCUGCAGUGCAGGAAGAGGUGCAGACGCAGAGCCCGCGUCUUCCUGCCGCAAAUGUGGACGCAUCCAGGUUGGAUGUGGGUGACUUUCCAGCUACGGAGGCGACACUGUCAAGAGGCUUUCCUGUUGGAGGCACAGUCAGGUCCUCUGGGGAGGCCCUGGCCAUUGCAGAGGACCGACCUGUUGUGCAGCACGGCCCAGAAGAGCGCCUGCAGCUGUUGUCUCCGACUCCUGGUGGUGCUUCUCCUGAAGGUCCAGGCACCACAGAGACUACCUUUUCACCAGCGUCUGGCAGAAACGAGGAGGAGAAAUGUGCUGACGCGCAGAGCAGCCUUCCUGGUGCCCUGUACUGUUACUCCGGCCUCCGGGAGGCGGGGGGCGGGGACACCGAGGUGGAAGAGAGCGAGGCACUGAGCUGCAGCGAGGGGGAGAGCGAGCCUGGAGCUGGGCUGGAGGGCGGCCAGCAGAGCACGGCUGCGGCCUCUGGAGGAGACCUGGGAGCUGCAGGUGCCGGCGCGGCCGAGGCCAGACCUUCCGUCGAGGUGGGGUACCUGACCUCCGCUCUGCAGGACUUCAACAUCAGUACUCUCUCUGACACAGACAGACUUUCCACAUCCGAGGUCGUGACGUUUCUUGAAAGUUGUCAGUUAAGAGAUUAUAGUUCAGGGGACUCUGUGUCGGAAUGUUCUAGCAAAGGAACCCUAAAUAAAGGAAUGAACAAGGAAUUAAAGCAAAGUGAACUAUCAGGAGAAAAGGACACAAAGCAGCUGUGUGAAGAAGAAACACUGGAAACCUCUGAAGAGUGCGUUGAGUCGGAGGAAGACGACUGUUCUUUAAGGAGCAUGGGUCAGCUCACACAGUGCUCCUUGGACCAGACGCUGUCCGAGGUGCUCGCCAGGAUCAAACAGGAACUACAGACCAACCAGGAGGACACGGGUGGGAAGGAUGCUGGUGACUUGCUGCUCUUAAAUGUACCUGACGGCGUGACAGCAGAACACGUGGAAGAGCAAGUUCCACCUCUGGAAACAACUGGCUCCUCUUCACCCCCAGUGACGGCUGGCUCGCACACUCAGGGCGGUUCUCCCACUCGUGGUGGACCUGACCAUGAAAACACACAAAGCAGGUCUGAGGGUAACGUGGAAGUGAUCAGGCCGAUGGACGGUGGAGAAGAAGGCCCAUCAGAACCCACUGAGCCCUCACUCCUGUGCGGUAACUCAGGCGCGGGGCUGGCAGGAAUGACAUUUCAGUGUCAGAUCGCUACAGUGACCUCUGAGGUUAUAAACGUGCUGAUAAAUAAGGAUCAGAAUCUAGUCAUUGAGAAGGGGGACAACUGGACCAUCAUCAACGGGGUGGCUCUCAUGCCAAAUGUGGACCAGGUUAUCCUGUGUGAUGCUGCUGAAGACGCCCCUGUUUCCCCGGAUCCAGAAGGGCUGGCAGCGGGUUUCGUUUCAGUUCCUUCUGUGGAGAAGUCCCCAGAGACCGGUCACCUGGGCCCUCCUUUUCAGGAGCUCCAGUGUGGCAGUGUUGUGGCCGGAACCCAGGAUAUUUCAAGCAGUGGUCAGAGUACGAACUUUGAUAAAAGUCGUUUGCGGAAUAGACCUGUUAAACCCAGCGUGAGGAUUAGCUCUGAGAUAUACGAUCAAAACUUUGAGUCUCAGACUGUUCCGUCUGAUCACACUUACUAUAACUCAAAACUAGAGCCAUUGGGCAAAAAUAAGAAUCAAUCAAAGAUUUCAAGCAGAGAUCAGUCAAACAAACCAGUAAAGACUUCAGCAUCGAGCAGAGUGCAGACUACUCAGAGUGAAGUUGCUCCAUCAUUUUCAGGGGAAAGAGGUAAUGGAAAAAGUCAGAGGAGUCAAACGCAGACCGUCCUAGCCAGCGCUGACACAUCCACUCCUGCGGACUGCUGCGCGGACACGCUGAGUAAGAUCCGGCAGGAGGUGGGGCCCCCCCUGCCCCCCUUGCUGGCUCCCCUGAUCGCCACGCCUCCGCGGACUUCACAGCCAGCUUCUCCGCUGAUGUCAAGUUCCAGCCCCUCCUCGCCCACCUCGCCCCGUGGCCCAGUUUCUCCGCCAUGUGCGAUCCCGGUGCCGCCUCUGGUGUCUCCCGUGCCGGAGGAGCCGGGGCACUCCUCUCCUCCACUCACGUCCCCGUCCCUGUCCCCGUCCACUGCUCCAGCCAGUGACAGGGUCUUGUCAUCUCCUUUGCAGUUUUGUGCUGCGACCCCCAAGCACGCCCUCCCCGUGCCCGGCCGCCUGCCCCCGUGUGCCUCUGCCCAUCCUGCGGCGGCAGUGCCCCAGGAGAAUUCCGUGAAGAUCCUGGACACCAUGUACCCAGAGUUGUCCGCCAGGGCCCGCACCCUCAACAUCCUCAAAGGGAACAUUCAGCUCACUCGAGGCCCGCCGGCUGACUGCAAGAACUUACCAGGGCCCGUCACCGCCAUCACGGGCUUCAAAGCCAUCGCUUCAAGCUCAACCGCCUUUGUGAAAGCGGGGGGCGGCUCUGGCGCUGACCGGAAGCAGGAUAAGUCGAGAGAUGUGGGCCCUCCGCAGGAUUCAGGGGGGAAAAGGGCACUGUCGGCGGGGACACCGCGGAGUGCUAAGAGGUUGCGCCUGGACAGCGGGUCCCCAGAGCCAGAGCCCGCCUCGAAGGGCGACAGCCGGAGCCCCCGAAGGAACCCCUCCCAGGCUGCAGCUGUGAGGACAGAGGAGGGGAGGCGUCCUCUCCCGGCCGUCGGUACAGUCUCACAGGCCCCUCUCAACCGCAAAGAAACCAUCGAGUCCCAGGACAGAGCCAUAGCGGAGGCUCUGAAGAAGAUCGCGGAGUCGUCCUUCGACCUGUUGCCGGUCAUUCGUAGUCACGUGUAUGUGGGAAACAUCUCCAAAAAGCCUGUGAUGCGAGAUCAAGAGAAAGAAGUUGUUUAUGAAUUUAGCACAACAAAGAAGCAUUUAGCAGAGUGUUUGCUUCACUCCAUUCUCUCAGAGCUGAAAGUUCAGAAGAUGUCUGUGGAGCACAAUUACAUCCAUGCCCUCUGCAGGGUGUAUGUGGGUAUUUGUCGGCAGCUGGGAGACUUGGAAAGAGCUCGCUUGUUUUGCUACAGCUUACUUAAGGAAGGUUUUCCAGAGUCUGAAAAAUUGACUUUGUUCAUCGCAAACAUGUGGCAUGAUAUAUUUCUCUCUCAGUCGGUGAUUAGUAAGGCAAUGCAGUUGGUAGCCAGGCAGCGUGCUAAAGGAGAGGUUCUGAACUGUUUGCGAGCUUUCCUCAGUUGGGAGAAGAAUGCUCCUGUAGAUGUUGGCUUCAUGGUUUCUAAGCUGCUUUUGACCAUACAGUUAUGUCCAAAGACAGAAUUUCAGUCCAGUGAAAGAUUCGGUGAGGACCUGAGUGAUGCCACGUGGGAGUACAUCUGCGCCAUCGACUUGCUGUGCUGCCAUCAGAAGUGGGUGUGGACACACGACAACAUCAUCAGUAAGGAGCUGUGGCCUGUAAUGGAUAAGUGGAUAAAAUACAGGAAAGGACAUGCAAACAUUGCAUACACUCCUGAUGUUAUUAUAGCAUCAAUCCUGAGGCUCAUUGGUCGUUUAGGCCAGUUGGGUUUGAAGGAAGGGUUUCCAUCUGCUGUGAAAAAUAUCAGUGCGGUUAUUGGUAUGUUUAUACAGCAUGCUCAGGAUGAAGACAUACCGUGGGGCAUCCAGCUGGCAGCCGUGUACGCUCUGUGCGACUUGAGUCCCAGCAACCCGGCGGAGAUCUCCAAGAUCUUGGAAGCCUGGCGCACAGAGACCUCUCGCUGCGUCCCGACCGCGGUGCUCAGCUCCCUGGAGGAGGUCAGCGCGCUGUGCGCGGAGGAGCAUGGCUGACCGCCCAGGUCACGCCCGGAGAAGUGCCUUCACGUGUCUCGGGUGGAGACCGAUCCGUCAGCUUCCAGGAUGCAAACCGAGGUUCCGGAGAGAGAGGUCGGGGAGAUACAAGUGCUGGGGGGUCUCCUCACUGCGGCCGAGGCCGCGAGACAAGCAGUGGCUGCUCUCCCUGAACCGCACACGUUUCACUUACCGCCGUGGUGAUCACGUGACAUGUGGACGGUCGUUUGUCGUGUCUUGGUCAAACAACAAAAACUUGAACUUAGCCCUUUUUUGCUGCAGAAAGUGUCCUUUUAGUCGCUUUUUAAAAUUGAGUGGCAUUUUGUAAUGAAUUUAAUAUAAAAAUAUUGAUUUGGUUCCUGAGCCAAUUUUGGACUUUGUGCCCAAAUGACUGACUAGGAAACACUGAGGAGGCUAAAACAACUAGAAGACUCCUCCCCUGUCUUAGCUGGAAAUGGGCUACAAAGUUCUCUCAAGGUAUAGUGUGCAGCUGAUCAGAGUAACUAAACAGGGAGAGCCUUUAGAACUUAACCUUAAUGCAUUUCUUCCUAUCUCUAAAGUUCCUUAAACAUAUUUAACUAGGUAUCAGGAAAAGGGGAACUGAGAGUAGAGCAUCCCGCGGGUGUUUGUACCUCACCGUGUACAUACAGAUGCAGCCGAGCGCGGGCAGGUCUCUGCGUGUGCCGUGUAUAUAUGGACAGCCUAUAAUGUGUCUCACAUUUGAUGAUGUUCCACUUUCGGAAUUUUAGUAUUUGUACAUAGAAAAUGGGUUUCAUAACUCACCGUGGUCCUGAUGUGUCUUAUAUUCAUCAUUUCUUAAAACUCUUGUAUGUGUUUUUUAUAAUAAAAAAUAAAAGUAAGCCAUGCACACGAUUGUCCUGAUCAGUAAAGAGUGACACGUGGCCUUACUUCUGCUCCAACCAAAGAUGAAGCAAAUACUCAGUGCUGGCCAAAGAGAGAGGAGGCCGACUGCCAGAGGAGCCCCCCUCCCGGACGGAGACGGGCGGAUUGCCAGGAUGUAGUCAGUUCUAAGUGUUCUCCGAGGUGAGCUUAGCAAGAGCAGAUACCAGAUGAGGGCUGGUUGGCCCUCGAUAUUGGAUUUCUUUGUUUAACUACAGUUGCUAUCCUUUAAACGUUGCAUUUGACAACUAUUUUGUUACUGCUUCCUCCUGUUUUUUAAGUAAUUAUAACAAACUGAGAUUUAUAAACAAC